CCCCUCCCGCCGCUUUCUUUUCUGACUCCUCCUCGUCUGCCUGAUCCUCGCGCAGCGCGUACUGCUCUUCCGACUCCGUAUCUAUCUUGGGUGAAGCUUUGGCCCGAGCACUUCUCUGCCAUCAGCCUGCAGCGCCCCUUGGACCAAGCAGCUCCGGAGGCCCCUGAUGGCGGUCCUGUCGCGCGUGGUGCUGGCGGUUGCCCUGCUCGCCUCCCCGGCCGCCGCCUACGUUGCCCCGGUGCCCGGCGAGGCCGCCCUGCAGCGUUCCGUCGCCUCGGCGGUCCAGCAGCAGCCGACACUCCUCGUGGAGGAGCUCGUGGAGGAGCCCGCGGCGGACAGCAACGCCUCUGGGGCGAUGCUCGGUGCGGCUGUGGCCAGCAUCGCCGGAGCAGUGGUCGGCUGGCUGCGCUCCAACAAGCAGAGGGCCGCCAGCGCCGCUGCAGCGUCGGCGGUGGCGCUCGUGGCUUCGGCUUCACCAGCGCUGGCAGAGGUCGACUAUAUCAACAUCGAGUACCUGGGCGGCAGCAACAAGGUGGACAUCAACAACGCCAACAUCAUGGCCUACCGCCAGUUCCCUGGCAUGUUCCCGACCGCCAGCGGCUGGAUCGGCACGCACGGCCCGUGGGAGAAGGUGUCGGACAUGUUGAAUGACCCCGAGCUCCCCGACAACCUGAAGCAGAUCAUCCAGAAGUACGAGAAGAACUAUGUUGCCUUCCCGGCCAACCCGGCCUACUUCAUCGACCGCAUCAACAACGCCAUGUACCGUUGAGUUCACGCAGUCCUGCCUGCUCGUUCAAGAGGGUCUCGCUGGUGCAGAGGCCGAGGUGUGAGGAUCCCAUGCUCCCUCGGAUCUCACUGCACCUGCACGCCUCUAUGACGAAGGCUCAGGACACCCAAGCUAGGUGCCUGCAGCAGAAUCCGCUGCACCAUUUCUGACUUGGUAGGAUGCUGACUGGAGUGCAGACUUUUUGAACCGGUGCGCCAGCUUCGAUUUGUGGGAGCAACGGGACGUUCAAAAUGAUACUUUGAGGGAAACAGACCCUCUGCUACUCCUGCUGCUGCUCCUCCUGUUCGUCCUGCUCGUGCUCUUGCUCGCUCCUACUCCUGCUGCUGCUGCCCCUCUUCCUUUUUUGAGCCCAGUCCCGGAACCAGAAGGGAUGGGUUCUGGUGGGUCAUGGAGAAAAAUGCUGAUGCCUCCUUAGUGUUACCUCUCCAGCGAGUGGAGGGCCUGAUCUGAUAAGCG